UGUUCGUCUGCGGAUAACGCAUUCCAUAACCUUCUUCCAUCAAAGCAUCGUACGACAUCGUACGAACAGAGUAGCGACACUACGACGUUUAAACGUAGGAGAGGGGUCCUGCAACUCAAGAACUCACAGUAUAAAAGAGCAGGUGCAUUGGCCAAACAUUCUCGCGCCUGAUCCUUUCUCUUCUAGCUCUGUUCUCCUUUUUUUUUUCUUUUUUUUUUUAACCGUUUUUGUCAUUAUUAUAUAUAUUUUUGUUAGGUUUCAAACUUUUUACAAAUUUGCUUGUUUUGUUCGUAUCCAAAAUUUUUAGAGCUUGAGGGUUAGGAGGUGUGGAUUCAGCCAAAUUUAAGUUUCUCGAUCCUCACCGAAUUCAGCGUUUCCCAACUGUGUCCAUAAUACCGCCAUUAGCGUUUUAAUCACUCCCCAUAGACUAUCUCUCUCUCUCUCUCUCUCUUGUUGUUAGUGUUGUUGCUGCGUUGCUUUGCAUAGAUUUAGGGCUUCUCGUAAAUUUCUUAGUUCCGAUUAAUAUUUGAAGUUAAGAUCCACAUAGCAUAAAAUUUCCCAGCUUUUGAGAAUGGAAAAGAAAAGGGUGGCGGUUCCUCUUGUUUGCCAUGGUCACUCUCGCCCAGUGGUUGAUCUCUUUUACAGUCCUGUUACUCCCGAUGGAUUCUUCCUUAUCAGCGCAAGCAAGGAUUCGAGUCCUAUGCUCAGGAAUGGAGAGACUGGAGAUUGGAUCGGAACCUUUGAAGGGCACAAAGGUGCAGUAUGGAGUUGCUGCUUGGAUACUAAUGCUUUGCGUGCUGCAACUGCUUCUGCUGAUUUCUCAACGAAAUUUUGGGAUGCGUUAACAGGCGAUGAAUUACACUCUUUUGAACAUAAGCACAUUGUUCGAGCAUGUGCUUUUUCUGAGGAUACACACCUUUUGCUCACUGGGGGAGCAGAGAAAAUUCUCCGAAUUUAUGAUUUGAAUCGGCCAGAUGCACCACCCAGAGAAGUGGAUAAAUCCCCCGGUUCAGUUAGGACUGUUGCAUGGCUUCAUAGUGACCAGACAAUAUUGAGUUCUUGUACUGAUAUGGGAGGUGUCAGGUUAUGGGAUGUAAGAAGUGGUAAAAUAGUCCAGACACUUGACACCAAGUCAUCUAUGACUAGUGCUGAAGUGAGUCAGGAUGGUCGUUAUAUCACAACUGCUGAUGGUUCUACAGUAAAGUUUUGGGAUGCAAAUUACUAUGGAUUGGUAAAGAGCUAUGAUAUGCCCUGCACUGUGGAAUCAGCUUCGCUGGAGCCCAAGUAUGGGAACAAGUUCAUUGCUGGGGGAGAAGACAUGUGGGUUCAUGUUUUUGAUUUCCAUACUGGGGAUGAGAUUGCAUGCAACAAGGGCCACCAUGGUCCUGUACACUGUGUCCGUUUCUCUCCAGGAGGAGAAUCAUAUGCCUCAGGAUCUGAGGAUGGAACCAUCAGAAUAUGGCAGACAUUGACUCAUGACGAAUUGGAAGCUCUAUCCUCAAAUGGAUCAAUUGAAAAGGUAGGGGUAACUGUGGAGGAAGUUUCACGCAAGAUUGAGGGUUUUCAUAUCGCAGAGGAUGCGUGGUCGAAAGAAAAGGAAGAGGCAGGGGAGGAAUUAUGAUACUAAAAUUUGCGCCCAUUUUAUUAACCAAAGGCCUUGUAUACAUUGUUAGUAAACUAAAUCUUGUAAAUUUUAGUUUGUGUUGGACAUGUACUGAACUGACGAGCAUGUUAAGGUGUGCCUUAAUUGUAACUUAAUUGUUAAGGUGUGCCUUAAUUUUAACUUAAUCAGGGAAUUUAUCGCAUGAUGGAAA